AUGCCCAUGAAAAGCCUCGCCCAGUCGCGAUGGGCUGUUCCCGAGCGCGAAUCCGAAUCCGAGUCCGCAGUCAUCAGCAGCUUCACUUCAGCCUCCUCAGCAAAAGCAAGAAGCCAAGAACUCGCACGUUUCCUUAAAAUCGUGUCUCGUCUAAAAUGGAAACUCCCGUUUCUGUCGGAAGGCUACCGCCUGGCCACCGCAGCCGCCUCCCCCGCCGACGUCGCGCACGCUGAGAUCAUGUUCAAGAUCGAUUUCCACGAGUAUUACGCUCUCCUCGAGCGUGCGAUUGUCCAUUUGCUGGCUGUUUUCGAUAUUGUCGUUCACAGCUCGCGGUACAAGGGGUCGUCUGAUAACAAAGUCAAUGGUGGCGGGACUGGGAAUCAUCGAUAUCACGCCAAUGUCCUGGAGGCAUUGGAGAAGAAAUCAUGUCCACUACACCCUUCCCUAGGCAGCGGAGCGGUUCGGGAGCAGCUUCGUAGAGCCAAACAGCUGCGCAAUCAGUGGAAGACCGCGGACUCCUCCGAUGAAGACGAACAACUAAAGAUGCCACUGGAAAGCUACGACCUCGAAGGCAUUCUGAUGGCCAUUUUUGCUGGAUUGGAAGAGGCACAUGCUCUGGCAGAGGAACAUGUCAUGAAAGCCGAGUCUGACAUGGACGUAGAGACGGGCAAUGGAAAUAUAUCGCCGCCCUCGGUUGAAGCCGAUUGGGACUUUAUUGUCGACGCGAUGGAUUGGCAGGCCGUGUGA